AUACCAUACCAUACCAUGGCGAAUUACCCCAUCGUGACACUGGCUGACGGCAAUAAGAUUCCGGCGCUCGGCCUUGGAACCUGGAAGUUGGCUCCCUCCCAAGUCGAUGAGGCCGUGAAGGAGGCUAUCCGCAUCGGCUACCGGCACAUUGACUGCGCGCUCGCCUAUCACAAUGAGCCGGAAGUGGGACGGGCCAUUGCGGACGCCAUCAAGGAAGGCCUUAUCACCAGGGAAGAGCUCUUCAUCACCAGCAAGUGCUGGAACUCCUUUCAUAGUAAACAAAAAGUUGUGGAGUGCUGCAAGAUGAGUUUGCGGGCGCUAGGAGUUGAUUAUCUCGACCUCUACUUGAUUCACUGGCCUUACGCGUACAAGGAGGGUGGCGACCUGUUCCCAAAAGACCAAAAUGGCGACAUCCAGCUGGCCGACAUUGAUUACCUGGAGACCUGGGAGGGCAUGGAAGAAUGCAAGAGGAACGGCUUGGUGCGCUCCAUCGGCGUGUCCAACUUCAACUCGGAACAAAUAACUCGCCUCGUCAAGUCGUGCCAGAUAAAGCCAGUGAUUAACCAGGUCGAGUGCCAUCCUUACCUGCCGCAGAAGAAGCUCAUUGCCCUGUGUGCAGACUUUCAAAUCAAAACUACUGCGUACAGCCCGCUGGGUUCACCUGACCGGCCUUGGGCACCCAAAGGGGAGAAGACUUUGAUGGAAGACGAGACGGUGAAGGCGAUCGCCAAAAAGCAUGGCGUUACGGCGGCUCAGGUGCUUAUCCGCUAUCCAAUCGAACGCGGUCUCAUCAGCAUCCCAAAAAGUUCAAACAAGGGAAGAAUCGCGGAGAACUUCAAGGUUUUAAACUUUUCGCUUGACCCUGCUGACGUGGAAGUUUUGAAUGGUCUUGACAAGAACUUCAGGGGGGGCAUAAUGGUCGCGGAUGUAAGCAGCAAGUAUAGAAGCAGAGGUGAAAGAAGCCGGACCAUGGCGAAUUGCCCCAUCGUGACGUUGGCUGACGGCAAUAAGAUUCCGGCGCUCGGCCUUGGAACCUGGAAGUCGGCUCCCUCCCAAGUCUAUGAGGCCGUGAAGGAGGCUAUCCGCAUCGGCUACCGGCACAUUGACUGCGCGCUCGUCUACCUCAAUGAGCCGGAAGUGGGACGGGCCAUUGCGCACGCCAUCAAGGAAGGCCUUAUCACCAGGGAAGAGCUCUUCAUCACCAGCAAGUGCUGGAACUCGUUUCAUAGUAAACAAAAAGUUGUGGAGUGCUGCAACAGGAGUUUGCAGGCGCUAGGAGUUGAUUAUAUCGACCUCUACUUGAUUCACUGGCCUCAAGCGUACAAGGAGGGUGGAGACCUGUUCCCAAAAGACCAAAAUGGCGACAUCCAGCUGGCCGACAUUGAUUACCUGGAGACCUGGGAGGGCAUGGAAGAAUGCAAGAGGAACGGCUUGGUGCGCUCCAUCGGCGUGUCCAACUUCAACUCGGAACAAAUAACUCGCCUCGUCAAGUCGUGCCAGAUAAAGCCAGUGAUUAACCAGUCGCGGACAUCGCAAUGUUGCUCACUAGCUCUCACGUGUUUUCUCACGGCGCAGGUCGAGUGUCAUCCUUACCUGCCGCAGAAGAAGCUCAUUGCCCUGUGUGCAGACUUUCAAAUCAAAACUACUGCGUACAGCCCGCUGGGUUCCCCUGACCGGCCUUGGGCACCCAAGGGGGAGAAGACUUUGAUGGAAGACGAGACGGUGAAGGCGAUCGCCAAAAAGCAUGGCGUUACGGCGGCUCAGGUGCUUAUCCGAUAUCCAAUCGAACGCGGUCUCAUCAGCAUCCCAAAGAGUACAAACAAGGGAAGGAUCGCGGAGAACUUCAAGGUUUUAAACUUUUCGCUUGACCCUGCUGACGUGGAAGCUUUGAACGGUCUUGACAGGAAUUUCAGGGUGUGCGUACUGGACGCGGAUGUAAGCAGCAAGUACUACCCCUUCAACAUCCCCUACUAGAGCCAGGCAGCGCCGGGCUACAUUAAAGUUACAUUAAAUUUUAAAUUUUCACUUUCA